GUAUAGUCCAAUUCACACAGCUGGUCCGUGAAAUGGAGAGUCAAGACAGUGAAGUAGCACGUUUGCACAACCAGAUCCGAAGCCACUACCUCCCGCCGGUAUCCAUCAGCUCCACUGUGGACACCUCGCUGUGAACUACUAGCUGUUACACCAGUGCAUAAGAAUCUCAAGUGAAAUAGACUAUUUAAGAUGAGGAGAAGAAAAGUUUAUAAAUAUUGUGUGUGUGCGUGCAUCCUAGUGUACAUAUACUACUUCUUUGGUGUGAGUGACUAUUUCCUCUCCAAAAGUUACGACGAUAAUUUCGACUACCCGCUAAAUAUCGAUAUAAGGCCAGUCGUAAACGAAGUACUUUCAGGAAGAAAACCCAGUGUUGCACCAAUUAACUUGUAUCCGUACAGAUUUUUGACUAAUUCAGGAAAAUGUUCUAUACUGGAGAGGCUAGAUUUGUUCAUAGUCGUCAAAUCUGCUAUGUACAACUUCGACAAACGUCAUGCAAUCAGACAGACAUACGGACAAGAGAACUUGAUACCCGGCAGAAUUGUCAAAAUCCUAUUCUUUUUAGGAAUAGAUCAACCGAAGUCAACCACACAAAUGAAGGUAGAACAAGAGAUGUCUAAUUACAAAGAUAUCAUACAAAUAGAUUUCCAAGAUAGUUACUACAAUAAUACUAUAAAGACAAUGAUGUCAUUUCGUUGGCUGUACCAACACUGUUCCACUGCUGAUUUCUAUCUAUUCACCGACGACGACAUGUAUAUUUCUGUUAAAAAUUUACUAGAUUACGUUCACGAUUCGUCGCGUCCUGUUUCUACGACUGAUAUUGCGAAUGAGAUGGAAUAUAAAAAUAGUGAAGGGUAUGAGCGGGAUAGAAUUCUGUUUGCGGGUUACGUCUUUAACUCAGCACCUCAGAGAUUUCAUUCAAGCAAAUGGCGGGUCUCUAUAGAAGAGUAUCCUUGGAAUAAAUGGCCUCCUUAUGUGACUGCCGGUGCUUUUGUAGUAUCAAAUCAAUGUAUGAAGGUUUUGUAUGUGGGUAGUUUGUUCGUAAAAAACUUUAGAUUUGACGAUAUAUAUUUAGGUAUAGUUGCGAAGAAAGUAGGCAUAAAACCUACCCAUUGUUCCAAGUUUCACUUUUAUAAGAAACAUUACAGUGUAAGCGAGUACAGAGAUGUGAUUGCGUCUCACGGUUAUGAUGAUCCAGAAGAGUUGAUUAGAGUUUGGAAUGAACAGAAUGUGGCCUAAUUUUCUUUCUUUGAUUUUCAAGAUACUGAUAUCUGGUAUUAUAUACCUACUUUUCGAUUUUGAAGAGAGUUGGCCAUCGGCGAGUUAUUUAACUGGCAUGUAAAUGGCGAACCAGUGGUAUUUUUAAAUGUUAUAGAAGCAGGCGUUGCUUUGCGGAAGUCCGUCUUGCAACUUGUCUUUUUUUGUGGUCUUCUUUGAGAAUAGUUGUAGAACCAGUGGUAGAUUAACUUGAAGAACUUAUAAAAGUGUAUAAUAAUAAAAAACUUGUGACUCAAACACAAAACAUUUCAAGAUGGUGGUGCUCUUCUGAGUUGAAACAAACAGUAUCUCCUAACAAAACUCAUGUAGGGAUAUCUUUAACCAUUUUUGUCAAAAAUUACUUAACAGGUAUUCAUUCUGCUCAUACAUUUUGUACAUACUCCAAAGACUGUCUAAAAGAAUUUAGCAGAAUUAGACAUCCAUUUCUGAUGUUUGCACUUCACAGUGAUUGCGUAUUUUUAUUUUUUAUUAUUGAAGAUUUUCUAAUAGAAUGGGGCUAAUUCUGUUGAGCACAAUUUCUAAAUUGACAGGUCUAAAUCUAGUGCUAUCCUUUUCCGCAAGGAGUACUGUGAAAGGGGUAGCAAUAAUUUAGAAAUUGUGUACAACUGAAUUGGCCACAUUUUCUGAUAAUAUGCACCAAGCCUAAUGCUUUCAAUUGGAAUUUGCUCUCAAAUAAGUACUGAUUGCAUUUGAGUGCUCACAGCUCAUCUCAUAUUGAUAAGAAAUUACUUAAAGCUCCCGUCUUGUAAAAGAAUGAGAGAGAGAGGUGAUGUGUCUGUGCACAGAUUCAGUCGGAGAGAAAGAGACAGAGCAGAAACCGGCCAGCGUUCUUUUUAUGAAACAAGACCUAUUAUAGAAGGCAUAGCUUUUAUAUUAUUACUAUAAGUUAAGUAAAGCAUUGUGAUUACAAUAUACAUAAUAUUAUUACAAUUAUUGCAAUUUUUUAAUUUUAAUUUUCUAGAACUUGGCCACAGUACAGUGUACAUAUUCCAUAAGUCUAUUUUUGAGUUUUUAUCUUGUUAGAUAGUAUGUACCUACAGUUAAAAAACCUGCAAAUCAUUUUGCAAACAUUGUGUAAUUUACACAUUUUUUUAAUAAUCUUUAGGCGAUUUAAUACUUAUUAUUAUGUAGGUACAGUUAUUGUUUCAAUAUUUUGUGAAACGACUUAUGUUCUGAGUAUGCUAAAUAAAACGAAUUCUUUCAUU